AUGGGUCUUUUCUCUAGAAAGGCUGCCGAGCCAGCGCCAUCAGCACAAGCGAAGAAGGAUCUAAUCCCUUGCAGCAAAAUGUUCGUAGACCCUCCCAAUAAGGCCACGUACAAACCACCUCCAAUUCCCAAAUUGACCCCGGAGCAAAAUAAGCUGUAUCAAUCUCUAUUGGCUCAUUUCGCAGAUGAGAACUUGGAAUUGCCCUUGAACUCCAAUGAAUCUACGCCAACAAAACCAUUGUCCCAAUGGGAGAAAUUUUGGCUCAGCAGAGAAUGUAUAACGAGAUACUUACGUGCAGCAAAAUGGAACCCAACUCAUGCUAUUAAGAAUUUGACUGAUACGCUGGUAUGGCGUAGGGAAAUCGGUCUUACUUAUGAUGCAGAGGAUAAGAAUCAAUUGACUGCCGAUGUAGUAGCCAUUGAGAAUGAAACAGGGAAGGAGACCAUCCUGGGAUUUGAUCGUGAUGAUAGACCGUUGUUUUACAUGAAGAAUGGGAGACAAAACACGGAACCUUCCUUUAGACAAGUGCAACAUAUGAUCUUUAUGAUGGAAUCUGCAGUAACAAUGACUCCUCAAGGUGUUGAAAAAAUCACUGUCUUGGUGGAUUUCAAGUCAUAUAAGGAGCCAGGGAUUAUCUCGGAUAAGGCUCCACCUGUUUCCAUUGCUAGAGCUUGUGCUAACGUGUUACAAAAUCAUUACCCAGAGAGAUUAGCCAAGUGUGCGUUUAUUAAUGUUCCAUGGUUUGCCUGGGCUUUCCUAAAAUUAAUGUACCCAUUUUUAGAUCCAGCUACGAAGGAAAAGGCUAUUUUUGAUGAACCUUUUGAGAAUCAUAUUGAUCCAACUCAAUUAGAAGCGUUGUAUAAUGGGAAAUUAGAUUUCAAAUAUGAUCAUGAAGUGUAUUGGCCCGAUAUGGAUACGAAAUUGAAGCAAGUUCGUCAAAAAGAGUUCGAUAGAUUCGUUAAGUUUGGUGGAGUGGUUGGAUUAAGUGAAUUUGACUUCAAAGGUGACCACGAGGAUUUAGUUUACCCAGUGGAAAUGGAACUCCUAGGAUGA